AUGGACAAUACCAGAAUGGGCUCCUAUCUGGAGUAUGCAAUUUGUAACCGUGGGACGAGCGCCUACUCACCCAGAGGAUACCAUCACCUAGACCAAGGAAACCCAUCUUUUCCAGCUUGCCCGGGUACCAGUGACAGUUAUAAUGGAGAUGGAAGAUUUGUGGUUGGAGGGUCUGGAACCAUCCCUAACCAUCUCCAUCAGCAGACCCACACGUAUUCCCACCACCACCCUUCUAGCUCUGCUUUCCCCUAUGCCAGCUCCAUACCCUCCUAUACACCUCAGGCUUGCAAUCAAGGAUAUGGGCACCAGGUCUAUCUAAAUCAAGAAUCAGAUGGAGUUUACUUUCAGCAGUCUCAGUAUUCUGCCAACACUGGACCUAGCAGCAGCCCUUUGUCUGAAGGCUACUGUGGAGGGGUGCCGGGACCUUCUCUAUAUCACCAGCAACCCUAUGGGCAGGAACAUCAAGGGUUAUUACAUGGAUACCCCAACCAAGCCCCUGCCAUGCAAGAGGAGAAGGACUUCUCAUGCCCACCAGAGCAGACACUCUCCAACACGUUUGACUGGAUGAAAGUGAAAAGAAACCCACCAAAGACUACUAAACCAUCGGAUUAUGGGCUAAAUACCCAGCAAAACAGCAUCAGAACCAAUUUCACCACCAAACAGCUAACUGAACUGGAGAAAGAGUUCCACUUUAACAAGUACCUGACUAGAGCCAGGCGUGUGGAGAUAGCGGCCACUCUAGAACUCAACGAGACCCAAGUAAAGAUCUGGUUCCAGAACCGCAGGAUGAAACAGAAGAAGAGAGAAAAGGAAGGACUGGCUCCAUGUAUCAUACAGGGAUCAACGAAGGAGAACAGUGAGAUAUCAGACCUUUCCAGUUCUACUUCACCAGAUGCUUCUCCAAAUUCAGUCUAG